AUGGCUCCUACAAAGCAGGAACUAUCCCUGAUUAUCAAUCCUCUUGUUCCCGAGGCUGUCCAGCAUAACAACCGGGUCCUCUCUUCUAUUCACAGCUUAAGCGCCUUCCUCCUAGGCCUCAGCGCCGGAAUCCUCGCCCUCCAAUCUGCAGCAGGCUUCGUCUUCUACUUCACCGGCACAGUCCUCCUAUCCGGCCUCUUCCACCUGCUACUCAUCAAGCGCUCUGGCGGCGCAGGAGCAGGCGCCUUCUUCCCCGGUGCUGGAGGCGAGAUCGAUGGUAGCAUCGAGAUGAAUCCUAAGACAGGUGUUGUGAGCAUGGAUCUAGGGGGCAGGAAGGACCGGAGACGAUUUGUGCUUCGCAAGGGAGCUUGGAGGGAUGUGUGGUUUGGGGGUGGUGUUGUUUCUGAGGCUUUGAGUGGAUUUGUGCUUGGGUGGGCUGGUGUUGGGGGGUGUUUUGAGGUGAUUUUGGUUUCUUUGGAUUAG